UCCGGGGAUAGCGGCCCUGGAGAUGCACCUGCCGCACCGUCCGUCUAGUGGAGCCAAAGCAAUUCCAACACUGAAUCACACCCCACCCCCGCCGAAGCGACAGAGCAAGUCCGCCGAAGCACCCGGGGAACACAAAGGGCCAAGGAGCCCAACCAGAUGGACAUUGAUAACACUCCGGUGGCAGAGGGUGCCGGAGUGGCGGAGUUGGAGGCAAGGGAGAGAGAGCUCACAGCCCGGGAGAAAGCCCAGAGGCGCCUCGAGGAGAGAGAGAAGGCGAUCGCAGCCCGGGAGGCAGCGCUAAAACGGCUUGAUGCGGAGGCAGAGGAGGCAGCCAGGAGGGGGAAGAACAUCGCUGCCAGGGAAGCUGAGCUGGAGACCAGGGCGACGGAGGAGAGGGCCAAGGCCAGGAGGGCGGCCAGGGAGCGGGAAGACCAGGAGGCAAAGAUAAGGGCCCAGAUAAAGGACAGAGAGAGGGCCCUCAGGAAAGCGGAGGCCAAGAUGGCGCGGGACGCGUUCCUCCGGGAACAAGUCAACCACCUAGUGGCCACGGAAUCUUGCUUCGCGCUUGAAAGGACCCAAUCAGACACGUCCGCGCGCACGCAGCGCGUGGAGAGAAUCAUUGAAGCCAACACUGCAACACCAGACGACGCAGCCGCCUCCGGAACCACUAACCCCCCGUCCAGCAGGACCCGAGCCAAGCGCCGGAAGGACCACCACGACACUAGUGCUGAGGAAGUCCAGCAAGCGGAACAGCCGGAGCAAGCCGAACAGACUGAGCCCUCCGACUCGUCCGCCACAGCAUCGACCUCAUCACUAAGCGACGCACCAACGGCCAGCUACCAGCCGAGCACUAGAGCCGGAGCCAGCAGGAAGCGGACCUACGACGAAAUGUCGGACAGCAGCCGUCGCCUAGCAUCGGUGUCAAGCAGACGCACCCGGAGCGCCUACAAAGCAGCGAGGGAGGCAGCCAAACGAGCUGCCAAGCCGCCGCCAACCAGGGAGACAUUCGACCAGCAACAUCCCCUCCCGGAAUCGCCCCGGAGGGCUCCAGCUCUACGCAGCGGGGUAAAGCCCAUCUUCACCAUGCUGGAGGAACCGGAUCGCCAAGAGGAGCCCGAACGCCAAGAGUCGCCAAGCCCACAGAACCGCGGGAGCAGCCGCGGGAGCAGCCGCAGCCGACACUCCCGCCGCAAUGAGUAGGAAGCCCCUUCAAAUCAUCCAAUAUAAUACGAACCGAUCAAGGGACCAGGUGAUGGCGCACUUCCUCCGGGACCCUAAGGUCCUGGAGGCAGACAUCAUCGCCGUACAAGAGCCCUGGGAGAACCCGUUCUCCGACACGACGCACCAUCCGGCUUCCCGCACCCACCACCUGCUGUAUCCCGAACAGGACGCAGAGGGCAGGGCGCGAGUAUGCCUUUAUAUAUCAAAGAAAAUCGAUACGACAAGGUGGCAACACAUUAAGCACUCCAGGGACGUCCA